AUGGCUACUAACAAGUGGGGCGUCAUCUUUGUCGCAGCAACAAUAGCAGCUUUAGCUACUUCAGUUUCGGCCAAGUUGUUUACUGUUGGUGACGAGAAAGGUUGGACACUCAACUUCGAUUAUCAAGCUUGGGCCAAAGACAAGGUAUUCGUUGUUGGAGAUCAACUCGUUUUCAAAUACGCUACUGGAAAACACAAUGUCUUCAGAGUCAACGGAACUGUUUUCCAACAGUGCAUCAUUCCACAUACAAAUGAAGCUCUUACUAGUGGAUAUGACGUGAUAACACUAGCAACUCCAGGAAGAAAAUGGUACAUAUGUGGAGUUGGCAAGCACUGUGAGUAUGGUUUGAAGCUUUUCAUCAACGUGCUUCCACAAUCAUAUCCUUCACCUCCCCCUCCACCUCCUCCAUCGGUUUAUCCAGCUCUUUCAGGCAAAGUGUUUGUGGUUGGAGAUGAUAAAGGCUGGACCCUGAACUUUGAUUACCAAGCUUGGGCCAUGGGAAAGAAAUUCUAUGUCGGAGAUAAGCUUGUUUUCAGGUACCCAAAGGGAAUACAUAAUGUAUUUAGAGUAGAUGGAACUUCAUUCCAGCAAUGUAUCAUUCCUGCUGCUUAUGAAGCCCUCACCAGUGGAUACGACAUGAUCACUUUACAAACCCCGGGGAGGAAAUGGUACAUUUGUGGUGUUGGAAAACACUGCCAGAUGGGGUUGAAGCUUUUCAUCAAUGUACUUCCCUAUCCAACAUAUGUACCGCCUCCAUACCAUGGAACAAGAAAACUCGCACCACCUAGUUAAUUAGUUUGUGGGCAGAAAGGAUUGCAUCCAAUCUUAUGGGUUAUAUUUAAU